AUGCCGCAGAGCUUCUUCUAUGCAGAGAUCAGGUGGGGGCCGGACCAAGAAGGUGCAAAAGAGGCCUACUUUCCGGAUUUCCAUUUCCUGAUCAUCACCGGCUGUGUGUCCAAUGUGCCAGAUGACCUGCAGAAGAACAGAACAAUCCACCGCGCUAAUCGCCAGAAGCUUUGCAUGCAUUGGCCACUGGAGAAGCAGAUGAUGCAGCUGCCAGCAAGGCCCUCCAAGAGUCUAGAGCCAGAUGCGGCUUGCUUCGGGGUUGUGGCCGGCUCCUGUGAACGCGUGGGACAUCAUGAGCUUUCAUCCAAGCUUCUGGCUGAAAUGUCUGCUGUUGCAGCAAUCGAUGACAAGACACUGAGCAUUGGCUUCACCAACGCCAUUAGCGAAGCCAACCGCGCUAAUUAUUGGGAGCGAGCGCUGCAGCUCUUUGGCCAAGUUUGUGACAUGCAGAGCGACGGCCUGUCAUUGGAUACCGCGGCUUUGGGUGCAGCUCUGGCAGCCUGCCAGACAGGUGCGGCCUGGCAUCAGAGCUUGGCAAUCUUGGAGAUGCUUCAGGACGAGGCACACUAG